AUGGAUUAAAAUCAGUUUGAAAAACAAAAAGAAGAGUAAUAAUAAAGAUUAAUGAUGAUAAUAGAAAAGAUAGAAAGACAAUUAGAUAAUUUUUAAGUUUAAAAUUAAGAUAAUGUAAUAAUGUUAAUUGGAAAAACAGGUUGUGGUAAAAGCACAAUAUAUAAUUUUUUAUGUGGAGCCCAAUUUUAAUUAUGUGAAGAUGAAUAUGGUAGUAGAAAUCUUGAACUUCUUUCAAAAUCAGAUAAAUAUCAAGAAAUUAAAGGUGGAUUAGAUUCAACUACUAAAAAACCUAAAAUUUAUUAUGACUAAGAGUAUUAACAUUCAAUUAUUGAUUAUCCUGGUUUUAAUGAUACAGAAGGCAAAGAUUAAUUGGAAAUUCAAUUAUUUUUUAACAAAAUAGUUUCUUUAAGUAAAAUGAAAAUAGUCUAUGUUCUAUUAAAUCCAGGUGAUUAAUUUUAAAAUAAAGCAGAAGAUUUAUAAAAUUUUAUUAAUGAAGCUGAUAUAGAUUUAAGCAAAUUAACAGUAAUAAUCAAUUCUUAUAGUAAAAAAAGUAUAAAGGGAUAUUGA